UUGGAGAAUUGGAGAAGAAGAAGACAAAAAAAAUGCAGCUGAUUUAUUAUUUCACACUUGGAAGCAACCACAGCCCUCUCAAAUGGCGCUCUUACAACUCUCACAGCCAUUCCUCUCCGAUGUGAAGAACCCUAAUUUCUCACAGAUCAACAAAACACUCAAGAAACCAACAACGAUUCUGAUUGGGCGAACAAAACCCUUUCUGCUUCAUCAGCUGAAGAAGAAGAAAAACUGGCAGAAAUUGAGCGCACUAGCCGAAGAAAUCUCAACUGGGUUGCAGGAAGAAGGUGAUCAGAGUGUAAUUGAAGAAGUAAUUGGGAAGAAAGAAGAAGCUGUGAGCUAUGAUUGGACGGAAGAAUGGUACCCACUUUAUCUUACCCAAAAUAUCCCUGAUGACUCGCCGCUUGGACUCACUGUGUUCGACAAGCAGGUUGUGCUUUACAGAGAUGGUGAUGGUGAUCUUUGGUGCUACGAAGAUCGUUGCCCCCACAGGCUAGCGAAACUCUCCGAAGGUCAAAUCUUCGACGGUAGGCUCGAAUGUUUGUACCACGGUUGGCAAUUCGAAGGCAACGGUAAAUGCGUGAAAAUUCCACAGCUUUCGACAGGUGCGAAAAUCCCUCAAUCAGCUUGUCUGAAAACAUACGAAAUCAAAGACUCGCAGGGAGUCGUAUGGAUUUGGAUGUCUCACAAAACCCCGUCAAACACAAAAAAAAUCCCGUUUUUCGAAAAUUUCGAUCGGCCCGGUUUUCGAGAUAUUUCCACCAUACACGAACUCCCAUAUGAUCAUUCAAUCCUUCUAGAAAACCUAAUGGACCCCGCCCAUGUUCCCAUUUCACACGACAGAACAGAUUUCACCGCAAAACGAGAAGACGCAACUUCACUUUUCUUCGAAGUCACCGAAAGAAACGAACGAGGCUUUGCGGGCAACUGGGGCAGAGAAAGAGACCGUUCUACCCCUGAUUACAUACCGAAUUUCUUGAGAUUCGAAGCACCUUGUGUACUUCAAAACAACCGAGAAAUUGUCGGCAAAAAUGGAGAAAGAGACUACUUUUCGGGGUUGUUUUUAUGUAGACCGUCCGGACAAGGGAAAUCUAUGCUUAUAGUUAGAUUCGGAAACACGAGAAAGCCUCCGCCUCUAUUGAGAAUAUUCCCAAAGUGGUACUUCCAUCAAAAUGCGAGUAAAGUCUUCGAGCAAGAUAUGGGCUUUCUUUCCUCGCAAAACGAGAUUCUCUUGAAAGAGAAACUUCCGACAAGAGAGCUUUACAUUAAUUUGAAGUCUUCGGACACAUGGGUUUCCGAGUACAGAAAAUGGAUGGACAAAGUCGGGCAUGGAAUGCCGUACUAUUUCGGGCAUAGCACGAUUUCUCUGCCGGAAAAUCCGGCGGUGGUGGAGCAUGCUCCGGCGGGUUUCGUUGCCAACUUCUCGGCUUCUCAGCCAGCAAAGGGCGGCAUCGGAGCGAUGUACGCUCCGAAUCCGGCGAACAGGUAUUUUCGACACGUGGUUCAUUGUAAAGGGUGCAUGGGGGUAUUAAAGUCUUUUACCGCUUGGAAAAAGGGGCUCUUGUUGGCGGCUCUUGUACUGGCGGCAACGGCGAUUCUUGUCUCCGGCAGGCAGUGGAAGGCGCUUCUGUUGGUUUCCACCGCCCUGUGCUUGGCCGGAGUUCAGAUUUGUUCGACUGCGAUUUCGAUGAACACUACAAACUUCAUCAGGACUCAUAGAAGGCUGUAGAAUGUAUGUUAUUUUUGAUCCCUUCUCUCAGUUUGUUAUUAUUACAUUUACAUUUAUAUAAUUCAAGCUUGUAAUUUUAUUAAUUAAACUACAUAAUGUAAUGUUUUAGACAUCAUUAUUAA